GAAACUGGAUUAACCCUUUAGGGUUAACUGAUCUUCCCCCCACUGGAAGAAAUUAAGAAAAAAUUCCAAACUGGGUGGGGGCAGCUAGGAUCCCUGGGCUCUGAUUUCAGAAUGUGAGAAUCGGAAUAUCUGGGAUGUAUGCAGAAGUUGGGAACUGACUGCUUUAGGAGUGGGCAAAGCUGGGGCAGUGCUGGAUUCGAUUUCUGCUUCCAGGUGGGAGAAAAGAGGGAGGGAGAUAGUUUAGUGGUUGCAGACAGCCAGUGGUCGCUGCAAGGCGGCCUUGGAUGCUGCCUUUAAAAAUAGUCAUUCAGUACUAUAUCUUUAGCUCCAGAGGGCAGGGGAGGCUUUAUGGAAUUUGGUCUAUGCCCUGUUCUACUUGGGGAGAGGGGCCGUCAUCGCAUGGGGUUGUAAUGGCUGCAAGAACUCUGCACAAGAAGAGUUUGCCAAACAGAGGCUACAGGAGUCUUCCCUGUUAAAGUUAAGGGCCUUCCAGCAGGACGCCACCGCAGGGCAUCAGUUCCCUUUAAGACUUUUCCCCGCCAGCCUAGAGGACUACAUCUCCCAGCAGGCCUUGUAGCGGAGUUAUGUGUAAACAAGGCCUCCUCCCGCAGCCAUCCAGGGGGCACACUAGGAGACAGACGGGCAGGCAGACAGACAGACAGACAGACGGACGCCAAGAUGUCUUCGGCGCAGACGUCCCGCAGACAAUGGUGCUACUUGUGUGACCUGCCCAAGAUGCCCUGGGCCAUGAUCUGGGACUUCAGCGAGGCCGUGUGCAGGGGCUGCGUCAAUUUCGAAGGGGCAGACCGCAUCGAAUUCCUCAUCGAGACGGCCAGGCAGCUCAAGAGGAACCACGUCAUGCAAGAGGGACGCUCCCCGGGGCCUCAAGGCGUCAAGCAUGCCAAGGACGGCGGGGCAGCCGCUCUGGAGCGAUACGAGCGAGGCCGCCUCUCCGGCGACUACACCCUCAGCCCACGCUUGCCCAACGGCCUGGCACGUGCCACUGACGAAGGUGAGGGCAGCCGGCAGAGCCCCACCACCCGGCGGGCGCUCGUCGGACCUGUGCCGCCCAGCCUGGUGCCGCAGGGGCUGAUGGGAGGCCCCCAGGGCCUGUUGGCCGCCGUGUCUGGCCUGGGGGGUCGCCCCGGGUCCCUGGCCAUGGCGUCGCCCAUUCUGGGGGAGCUGGGGAAGCCGCCCCGGGCAGCCUACGGGGAUUACGAGAAGGAGAGGCAGCGCAACGCCGAGUGCCUGGCUGAGCUGAAUGAGGCCAUGCGCGGGCGCAGCGAGGAGUGGCACAGCAAGCCCAAGCCCGUGCGCGAGCAGCUGCUGGCACUCUACGGCUGCGCCCCCUUCAACGUGCGCUUCAAGAAGGACCACACGCUGGUUGGGCGGAUUUUUGCCUUCGACGCGGCCCCCCGGCCUGGCUACGAAUACGAACUGAAGCUCUUCACCGAAUACCCGUGCGGUUCCGGCAACGUCUACGCCGGCGUGUUGGGUGUGGCCAAGCAGAUGUUCCAGGACUGCCUCAAGGACCCUGGCAAAGUCAUCUCGUCCGGUUACAAAUACCUGGAGUAUGAGAAACGCCAUGGCUCUGGCGACUGGCGCCUCCUUGGGGAACUCUUCACCGAAGGCGUGCGCUUCUUUAGAGAGUCCCCGGCACCAGAUGCCCUGCCUCAGCAGUUCCUAGACAGCAAUUGUGCCAUGCCGCCCAGCCUCCUGCUGCGGUCUGUGCCUCCACCCCGGGCUGUCAUGCGGAGACGCAAGGCCUCCCCUGAGCCAGAGGGCGAAGUGACAGGCAAACUGACCGGCGAGGAACAACAGCAGAGGCAGCACUGGCUGCCCCAAGGAUCUGGCGGCAUCUACCCAUCAGGCAUGGCCCACUUGCCAGGCACUGCAGGCCAAGGGCCCUUGCCUGAGGGCUCCCUGAGAAAUGACCCCUCUCCCAUCACUGCUCUCAAGAACGUGGCUGAUACGCUGGGGAACAAGGAGGUCAACCCGGUCCACUCCACCACUGCCCGACAAAACAGCGCCAGUCCAGCGUCGCCUGCCGCCUCAGGGCAACACCGGCUGGUGCCUCGCAAUGGUGAGCCGGGCCAAGCCGCCGCCGCCACCACCACCUCCUCCUCCUCCUCCUCUUCCUCCUCUGGGGCCCACUCGUCUGGAGGCAUGGAGCCCAGCGGCACGCAGAGCGUCCCCGACUCCUCAGGAGGUGCCAGCAGUGCCCCGCUCUGCUGCACCAUCUGCCACGAGCGGCUGGAGGAUACCCACUUUGUCCAGUGCCCUUCGGUGCCCGGGCACAAGUUCUGUUUCCCUUGUUCCCGGGAUUUCAUUAAAGCCCAAGGAGCAGCUGGAGAGGUCUAUUGCCCCAGCGGUGAGAAAUGUCCCCUCGUGGGGUCCAAUGUCCCCUGGGCCUUCAUGCAGGGCGAGAUCGCCACCAUCUUAGCCGGAGACGUGAAAGUAAAAAAGGAGCGCGACCCAUGAGAAGGGGGAGCAGCCCAGAUCCGGGACGUCGUAACAGGGGGUGCCCAUCUGCCCCUCACCCUUCUCCCCUCUGCUGUGGCAGUGACUGGAAUUAGUAACUUAUUCCCCACCCGACGCCCUCUUGAACCUGCUGUGGACUGGGGCACUGUAUAUAAAUCUAUUUUUUAAAUAAUAUUUCCAUAGCCAGCUUAUAUAUGAAGCCACAUCUACGUAACCUACUACG